AACAUUAUCGUUUGCCCGAUAAAAGUUUUGUAUAAAAUGAUACGUUGCUCUGGUUAAGUUCACUGUAGUUUUAUUAUCUAAACGAUAUGGGACUCGAAUUCGAAGGCGCAACAGACAAUAUUAGUGAACGACAGUUGAGUUUUAUAAGCGAGGUUUUAGAAAAACGAGGAUAUAAAGACACUAAGGUGACGAUCGGCGCGGUUGGGGAGGCCGGGGACAACUUCGUCGCGUUCGUCAAAAGAAUUAUCGUGCGAGAUGAUAAUGGAGAGUUUCGGAUGAUAGCCAAAUUUGCACCUCAAAUCGAAAUACAUAGAAUGUCAACGCAAUCUGAGAAUCUUUUCAAAAACGAGCACAUAAUAUACACGGUAGUUCUGCCGAAAUUUCAGCAAUUAGAGGAAGAAGCAAAUGUGCCUCAAGAAAAUAGGCUAAGGUUUGCAGAGUGCUACGGAUCACUAUCGGAACCUCCACACGAAGUAAUUCUCCUGGAAGAUCUACGUGUACCGGACUUCAUCAUGCUGGACAGGUUCAAACCUUUACCUGAAGAAUGCAUCAGAUCAGUGCUAAGAAACUUUGCAACGCUCCACUCUUUAUCAUUCGCUCUAAAACACAAAGAUUUGAAUACAUUUAAUGUUUUAAAAAAUGGAUUUUUCGAUUUAUGGGCUAGCAUGGACGGUGGAGCUGAGGCGUUUGCUUACUUCAGCCAGUUAGAAAACUCAGCAGCUUCGAUAGUGGAGGGAGAAGAGAGAAAGAAACUCCUUAAGGGAUGUAUUAUAAACGCGUUAGCUGCGACUGCAAAGAUGUCAAAACAAGAUGAAGACUCAAAACAUUCAAUCAUUCAACAAGGCGAUUCUUGGACCAACAACAUCAUGUUUAAGUUUGACAGAGACACGCUCCAAGAAUCAGUCAUGAUCGACUACCAGCUAUCCAAAGUAAGCAAUCCGUGCUGCGACAUAAUGUACCUCAUCUUCAACUGCACGGACCACAAGACUCGUCUCCAACACUUCCAUGACUGGAUCGACUACUACCACUCCGAACUAGUCAAGGCAUUAUCCAAUUUUGGCCUGGAAGCCAACGUCUAUCCCAGAGAACAAUUAGACGCGGACAUGGAAAAGAUACGGAAGUAUAAUGUUUGGACUGUCACUAAUCUUGGCGAGUGUCACGUUGUUGAAGUCUGAUGAUGCUUCGAGGAUGAAGGCAGCCAUUGAGAAGACUAUAGAUCUGAAUGAAUUUUACCAAAUACCCCAUUCUGAUGAAGAGUUCACGUUAAUGUUUAGGAAGAGGGUUGAGGGUUUAGUCGACAGUUUCGUACACUUCGAAUUGUUGUAACAGUAUUGGUACUAAUAAAUUAUUUAUUUUCAUUUUAUUUAUUUACACAGUAGGUUAAAUGUAACAUAUCUUCGCCCUAAUUAGUUAGGUGCUACAACCCAUUUAAUGACAAAAAUAUUACUAAGCAGAUAUCUCGAUAACCUAAAAAUAAUGGUAAGCUGGUUGAGGUACAGAUGUUUUGAUAAGUUUCAGAUAGAAGUUGUAAACGUAAAACAAAACUUAGAUAUUAGAUAUUAUACAAUAACUAUAUUAUGUUAUCAAGAAAACAGAUUAAAUGGACUUACAUUUAUAAGAAAGUAAUACUUAAGUAAGACCUUAGUAAAACUUAAAUAUUAGGUAUUUAAUGCAAUUAUCACUUAAUACUUAAUAUAAACAUACACGCAUAAACAAUAUCGCUGGAUCCUAUAGUGGUAAGCAGAGAGUAUGAAUUGCCACUUUGUACGAACUGUACGUAACCCUCUUUGUAUUUAUUCGUUCAUUCUAUCUUUAAUUUUAUCCUAUUGCAAUUUAAUAUAAUGCAAUCACACCUCGA